AAACACAACAUCCGGAAAACGUUUUUAGCGUCACUGCAGUCAGCACGGGUUUGACCCUCAGCGGCUCUCGGGAGGUUCAGCUUGGGGAAGUUCAGGAGCAGACUCAUGGCUCUGAAACUUACUCAGAACCUUUGCUUUGCUGGACUCAUAUCGGUCAGGCUCCUGUACAGCAGUGGUUUGGGCCGUUACCCCUGCGCUUCCUGUCUCUGGACGUCAGCCGCCCACUGCAUCCACAUUCACGGCUGCAGGAAACUCCGGACGGACUUCAGCUCGAGGAAUGUGACCACCACAAUCAGGGAGCCAUCGUUUUUCGCCAGCAGCACUGUGGCAAUACACAGAGACGCUGAGAUCCGGUUCCAUCUGACCCAACUGCACCGACCCUCGCAUGAUGAAGAGAAGAGCUUCCAGAAGAAGCUGCUGGGCUGCUCCACUUCCCAGCAGGUUUUCAAGCUGCUGUGCUCGGUGGAAGUCCUGUCUGACACCAUGGCAGCAGCCUGUCUCCACCGCGUGGCGGACCUGGAGCAGGAUGGUGCAGCGCUGAGAGACCCAUCGGUGCUGGAGAAGGAUGCCAUCCGGGCCCUUUGCUUCCAGUUGGAGCGGGACUCGGAGCGGCUGACAGAAGCAGGGCUGGUGUCAGCGCUGCUCGCCUGCACCCGCCUAUUUCUAGAUCCCUGGAGCACGCUGAUGGUGCGCCUGGUGACGGAGAGCCAGAACCGGCUUGACGGGGAGAAAAUGGCAGUUGGAGAGCUGUGCAUGCUGGGCCAGGCAAUGCUGGCCAUGGAAGGUCCAGAGUCCGCCAUGCUGGAGCAGGUAAUGGAACAGAUCAAGAAGCAGGAGCCCGAUGAUUGGAGCGUCCCAGAUCUCGUAGCCGUCUACAGACUUCUGGAAGUGUGUGUGGGUGAAGACGGGAAGCACGGCGACUUGUUGAACGCCAUGCACAUCAAUGCAGCGACGGUCACCUCCAGGAUGAACCCGGCUGCGGUCAGCGGAGUCCUGAGUUCGCUCGUCGCUCUCAACCAGAAGCAGGCCAUACCUCUGGUGAUCAGUCUGUGUAAGCAGGCCGUGCGACAUGUACCUCACUUCAGCGACGAAGAGCUCAGCCACGUCUUGGCCGCUCUGAUCCACUUCGGCCACAGUGACCGCUACUUUGUGGAUGCAAUGCAGAAGCAAGUCCCUAGAAAGGCCUUCACCUGGCACCCGGAGACCGUAUCUAAGGUGACGGAGUUCUUCAGCCGCAAGAAAAUCCUGUCCCCGACAGUCUUCAAUGCCGUAGCUGAGAGCUUCGUGUACCGGGCGGACAGCUACAGCACCAGCCAGAUUGCCAGGCAGAUCAUGGCCUUUGGGAAGCUGGGCUACCUUCCGCCCAAUGUCGGCCAGCUGUUCAGGAAGGUGGAGACCAUCCUGCACACUCGUUUUUCUCAGUUUCAGCCUCUGAUGCUGCUGAACCUGCUGCACGCCUGCACGCUGGUCGAGAGGUUCCCCGUCAACUUUCUCUCUAAAGUCUUCAGCCGUUAUUUCCUGCACCAACUACAAGAUCAGAACCUGUGGAUUGAACGGGCGGUUCUGGCGCAGCUGACUCAACUCUACAUGACUGUGAAGCUGGAGUGUCCCAUCUAUGAGGGUCCUCAGCUCCUUCCACAGUACCGUGUCAAGUCCUUCCUCACGUCCAAUCGAUCCCUGGAGACGCCGGUUGAUCAGCAGCUGUAUAACUCGGUAAAAUCGGGGCUGGUGGAUUUACUCGGAGACCGAUCGUUCUUCGGAUCUCAAGUUCUCACGCCAUACUGCUACACGCUGGACGUGGAGCUAAAGUUCGAUGAGGAGGGAUACAUUCUGCCUGCCAGCCAAACUGAUGAAGUGUACAAGAGGAUAGCUCUUUGUAUUGAUGGACACAGGAGGUUCACAACUAAUGUAAGACAGCUUCUUGGGAAAGAAGUCAUCAAGCAGAGACAUCUUCGGCUGCUGGGCUAUGAAGUUGUGCAGAUUCCUUUUUAUGAGUUUGAAAAAUAUCACCGCAUGAGCAAAGUGGUGGAGUAUCUUCACCAGAAAAUCUUCCCUCAUACAUUCAGGCUGAGCUGGUGAUGAGAAGGUUUGCUUGAACAAAUGCAUAUUUAUGUUUUCUAACUACAAUCAUUGCCAAAAAAGCAGUGUCUUGAAGAUAUGUUAAUAACUGUGAAAUAUUUAACCUAUCAUUAAAGUGGCUUUUUUUGUACCAUG